AUGAUCGAAGCCGGUAAACCGGCGACCAAGCUCAAAUCGGAAGCGCUCGCGGUGCUCCUGGAGCGCGGUCUCGUGCACCAGUGCACGGAUGUGGAAGCGCUGGACCGAACGCUUUCCGAAGGACUGGUCACCGCAUAUGCCGGGUUUGAUGCUACCGCCGCCAGUCUCCAUGUCGGGCACCUGAUGCCGCUGAUGACCAUGCGCUGGCUGCAAAAGCUCGGCCAUCGCCCCAUCGUCGUCCUUGGUGGCGGGACCAGCCAGAUCGGUGAUCCGAGCUUCAGGAAUGAUGCAAGGCCACUUCUGGAAGAACGACAGAUUUCCGCCAAUAUCGCAACCAUUCGCCGGUCGGUCGAAAGGCUUGUCGACAUGGACGGUCCCGAUGGUGCCUUGCUGGUCGACAACGCGGAGUGGCUCAACGAGUUCCGCUUCCUGGAAUUUCUCCGCGACUAUGGUUCCCAGUUCACUGUCAACCGCAUGAUGACGUUCGACAGCGUCAAGUCGCGCCUCGAUGCGCAGAUGCCGCUGACCGUGCUGGAAUUCUGUUACAUGAUGCUGCAGGCGGUGGACUUCCUGGAAUUGGCCAAGCGCCACGACUGCGUGUUGCAGGUCGGCGGAUCCGAUCAGUGGGGCAACAUCGUCAACGGUGUCGAACUCGGCCGACGUGACGGCCGCAAGCUGCACGGCCUCACGGUUCCUCUGCUGACGACUGCAAGCGGGGCCAAGAUGGGCAAGACAGCCGCCGGUGCUGUCUGGCUGCAUCCCGAACAUCUGUCACCGUUCGGCUUCUGGCAGUUCUGGCGCAAUACGGCGGAUGCCGAUGUCGGCAAGUUCCUCCGCCUUUUCACGGAAUUGCCGAUCAAGGAAGUCGAAAGAUUGUCCGAAUUGCAGGGUGUGGAGCUGAAUGAAGCCAAGAAGAUCCUUGCGACCCAGGUAACAACCAUCGUUCACGGACCAGAGGAAGCGCGUGCAGCCUUGCAACAGGGAGAUGCCUUGUUCUCAGGCGGCGAUGACCUUCUCGAACCGACCCACAAACUGCCGCUUGAACGCCUUGCCGAAGGUCUGGGACUUCUCGAGCUCGUCGUCGCAAUCGGAUUUGCGGCAUCCAAUGGCGAAGCCCGGCGUCUGGUGGAAGGGGGUGGUGUACGGCUCAACAACCGGAUCAUCGAGGACCCGCGCCGCCGGAUCGGCACCGGUGACCUGAAAGCAAACGACCGGCUCGCCGUUUCGGUUGGAAGGCGCCGUAAGGCGUUGGUCGGGUUCGAGUGA